AUGGAGCGGACACGGUGUUCUACCUGGCGUCUCCCCCACGUCCAGCCUCUCGAAGGGCACACCUCUGUCCCUCUCCAUCACCGUUCCGUCGCUCCGCCUUCCCUCAGCCUGCACCGGCCCCGCGCGCCGGAAGUGAUGCGCCCCGCCUCUACUCCCAUCAGGCCACGAGGAGCCAUGGGGGACAAGCGGCGCGGCGUGGGGGCGCGGGGCCCGCCGCCACCGGAGGAGAGAGCACGUGGUGUAGCGCCGCCACGCUCUCCCCGCGCGCGGGGCAGAGGGGGCGCGGGCGGCGCGGAGGAGUACGUGGUGGGGCAGGUGACGGGCAGCCUCUGGCCCGACACGGCCCCCGACGCGCCGCUCGCGCGCCUCUUCAGCCCCUUCGCCGCCGGCGCCCCGCCGGCGCUGGUGCCCAAAAGCAAGAAAAGAAGGCAGGCAGAAGUGGAGAAAGUAGCAGAAGACCAGAGCUCAUCUGUCAUACAGGAACCUCCUAUAAAGCCAAAGAAAGUCAGAAAAAAGGAACUUUCACAAGCAGAGAAAAAACUGGCAAACAGAGAGAGUGCUUUGGAGCAGGCAGAUGAAGAGGAGAAAGAAAAACCGUUUCAAAACAAAGCAAAGCCAAAGAAAAGCGCUUCUCAUGCCAUCACCAGAAGUGUUGUUAAUUCAGAUAAAGGCAGUACUGCGAAACAAAAAAAAGGGAAAAAGGUGACCGACGAAAUGGUAGGCAGAAGGACAGUGUUUGUUGGAAACCUGCCUGUCAGCUGUACUCGUCAGGCACUGAAAGCUCUUUUUAAAGAGUAUGGACAAAUAAAAUCUGUUCGGUUCCGGUCUUUGGUUCCAGCAGAAGCUACUUUAUCCAAAAAGUUGGCAGCAAUAAAGAAUAAAGUGCACCCUAAUGCGAAGUUCGUUAAUGCUUAUAUUGUAUUUGAGGAAGAACGUGAUGCCAUUGAGGCUCUUAAGGAAAAUGGAAGAGAAAUUGCUAGUGGAUUUCACAUCAGAGUUGACAUUGCAUCAAAAAGCAGUUCGCAUGAUAAUAAAAGAUCCAUAUUUUUGGGAAAUGUCUCAUAUGACAUCAGUGACGAUGCUGUGCGAGAACACUUUUCUGUCUGUGGAGAUGUAGUAGGAGUGCGAAUUGUGAGAGACAGAAAGACUGGCUUGGGUAAAGGCUUCGGCUACGUUCUCUUUGAGAACACGGAUGCUGUACAUCUUGCUCUGAAACUCAAUGAGUCGAAUCUUAUGGGAAGAAAGAUACGAGUGAAGCGCUGUGGAAAGAAGUGGAAAGCACCACAGAAGAGUGCAAAUCGGAAUACAGAUGCUGUACAUGUUGCUCUGAAACAAAACGAGUCUCAUCUUAUGGGAAGAAAGACACAAGUGAAGCACUGCGGGGAGGAGUGGAAAGCGCCACAGAAAAGUGCAAAUCAGAAUACAGAUGCUGUACAUGUUGCUGUGAAACAAACCAAGUCUGAUACGGGAAGAAAGACACAAGUGAAGCACUGCGGGGAGGAGUGGAAAGCGCCACAGAAAAGUGCAAAUCAGAAUACAGAUGCUGUACAUGUUGCUGUGAAACAAACCAAGUCUGAUACGGGAAGAAAGACACAAGUGAAGCACUGCGGGGAGGAGUGGAAAGCGCCACAGAAAAGUGCAAAUCAGAAUACAGAUGCUGUACAUGUUGCUGUGAAACAAACCAAGUCUGAUACGGGAAGAAAGACACAAGUGAAGCACUGCGGGGAGGAGUGGAAAGCGCCACAGAAAAGUGCAAAUCAGAAUACAGAUGCUGUACAUGUUGCUGUGAAACAAACCAAAUCUGAUACGGGAAGAAAGACACAAGCAAAGUGCUGUGGAGAGGAGUGGAAAGCACCACAGAAAAGCGCAAAUCAGAAUACAGAUGCCAUAUAUCUCCCUCUAAAAAAAAACGAGCCUGAUCUUACGGGAAGAAAGACACAAGUGAAGCACUGUGGAGAGGAGUGGAAAACACCACAGAAAAGUGCAGAUCAGAAUACAGAUGCUGUACAUGUCACUUUGAAACUCAACAAGUCUAAUCUUAAGGGAAGAAAGAUACAAGUGAAGCACUGCAGAGAGAAAUGGAAAGCACCAUGGAAAAGUGCAGAUCAGUCUCUGAAGUACAGAGCUGAUAGUACCUUAAAAAACAAGAGUAGCUCUGGUGAAAAAGCAAUCCCAUUAAAGAGCAGUAAACAGAAAGUACUAAAAACUCUUCCUAGAAAUAGAGCUGUGAAGAAAACAGAAGUUUUUUGAUAAAAAUAAGAGCUAUA